AUGUCACUUCUAGCUGGUAAAGUUGUCGCUAUUACUGGAAGUUCCAGGGGUAUUGGCCGUGCUUGCGCUGUCGAAGCUGCUCGGCAUGAGAUCGAAGCUUUGGGGACUCAAGCUGUAAUUAUACCAGGUGAUAUUGCCAAGCAAGAGACAGCGGUAGAGAUAGUCCAGACUGCUGUUGAUUCAUUUGGGAGACUCGAUGUCCUUGUUAGUAAUGCAGGGAUUUGUCCGUUCUAUUCAUUCCUGGAUAUGCCACCAGAGAUAUGGGAAAGGACACGUAGUGUCAACCUCGAUGGUUCAUUUUUCAUUGUACAAGCCGCAGCAAAACAGAUGGAAAAACAAACACCCCAAGGAGGAGCUAUUGUUGCAGUUUCGUCCAUUAGUGCACUAGUUGGGGGCGGCAUGCAGACGCACUAUACCCCUACCAAGGCUGGAGUUUUAUCGCUAAUGCAGUCAUGUGCGGUUGCUCUGGGUAAAUACAACAUCCGAUGCAACGCAGUACUUCCUGGUACUAUUGCAACUGACAUUAACAAGGAAGAUUUGUCUGACAUCCAGAAACGGGAGUAUAUGGAAAGCAGAACCUGUCUAGGGAGACUGGGAGUACCCGAAGACUUGGCUGGCCCAGUCGUAUUCCUUGCAUCUGACAUGGCUCGUUAUGUCACAGGAGCGUCACUGCUUGUCGAUGGAGGACUAUUUGUCAAUUUACAGUGA